AUGAGGGCGACAGCCGUGCGAACGAUGAUCCCGACGACAAGCUUCAACUCACAGGCCGAUUUUGACACGGACUGGAACUAUCUAUACCCAUGGGGAUCUGACCAUAAUGGCGGUGCUCGGAUGGACAAGGCACAUGUCAAAUUCUCUGGCGGUACGCUGACUUUAACUGCUCAAAAGGUGAGCGGUCAAGCUCCAGCAUCUCAUGGCGGCCAGUCUAUCCCAAUCAACUAUCUAUCCGGCGCAAUCCACGCAAAAGAGCACUUCAAUGUGUCGAAGGGUGGUGGGUAUGAUUUUACGGGAGAGUUCAAAGCGACUACCACCAAAGGCACGUGGCCAGCGUUCUGGCUCACGGCUGUCAAUGGAUGGCCACCGGAGAUCGAUAUGGCUGAAUGGAAGGGAUCUGGAAAGAUAUCAUUCAAUACGUUUAACACGUCCUCACAAGUUGCAGCAAAAGAUGUGACGUAUCCUACUCCGUCAAAUUUUCACAAGAUCAAAUGCGAGGUUAGGGAUAUCAAUGGGCGCGAUGUCUCUGUUAAGUUCUACAUGGAUGACACCUUGAUCACGACACAGGUCGGUGGCGGUUUCUUUGGAAAACCUAUGUACCUGUGA